AUGGCACUUCUGUUGGCUGCGAACGGACGAUUUGCCGAUCUUGGGAGAAAAGAAGACGAAGAUGCGGUCUAUCGUAUUAUCAAACGCCAAGAAGAGAAAGCGAGAGAAAAGCUCGCAUUCCUGUCUGAUGAAAAAUAUCUGACAUUUCUCGGGAGGCUUCCCUAUGAAGGAGGAAAACUGACGAAGAUCGUUGUUUUAAGCCGACACACAUCGGGAAAGAGGCUCGUAGAAGCAGUCGGACGUAGCUUAGAUUUACCGCAAUUACCUGAUUCUGCGACAGUUGAAUCUGCAGCGAGUAAAGUGUCUAGCCAGUACGUUAAGUUAAAACUGGAAGACCACGUCCCUCACUCUCCUGAGAAUUCUGUAUUUCCUCAGGGCAUCAAAGCUGUUCUGGCUUUAACAAGAGUGCUGGUAGGUGUCACAUUUAUCGAGUUCAUUAACGAAACAGAUUUUCCGAUGAAGAUUGUUUCGGGUAAAGUUGGACGGAGAGCAUCACGUUCCGUCACUUUCACCCACGACGUCCAAUCUCGAUCAAAUUGCUGGCUGGAGAUCGCACGUCUGCCAGGCUCCUCGGAGUUUUCAACCGGUGGGUACAUUAUUCUCUACCAGAACGGAAUCCUAAGCCCCGAAGUAGAACCACCUGCAUCGAAUGUUAGAGUCAUUGAGUUUGCUUUGUCAAGUUUAAGGAAAAUCAAUAUCCAAGACAAAACUGGCAGCGAGUUCACCCGUGGUCAAGACACUUACGACAAGAUGAAUUCUGGUAAAGCCAAGACAUUCUACUGGUUUAAUCAUGGGAAGCACCUCAUGGCAAGAGCAGAGAUAACUAGAUGUCGAUCUUGGCAGCUGACCUUUCUAUUUGUUGUUCAGGACUUCAAUCCUCGGGCGGUGUGUGAUUAA